AUGUCAAGUGAUAUCGAAAGCCUACAGAACAAUACUAAUAAUAAUGAAACUGCUAUUGUGAUAGCCGAAGAAGACCAUCAAAAUCAACCCAAUAAUCAAUACAGACGAUACCAAAAUGAAGAAAAAGAAAAGCAGAAAAGAAGACACACGUUUUUUGUAUUGUUGAUCAUUGCGUGUAUUAUGUGUGUCAUUCUCAGCUUCUACGCGUCUACUACUCCUUCUUCUAGUGGCCAGCCUUGUACAAACUACAUAAUCUGGAUACCCAACUGCAAUCAAAAAGAACAGGCCCAACCACAACCACAAGAAGAGCAAGAGUAUUAUAUACAAUCAAUACAAAUGGAACAGCAAUACGACAAUAUCAUCAAUUAA